AUGGCUUUCUCUCGCUCAGUCACAUCUUUCCUCCGCACCUCGCGGCACGUUGUCACUCCCGCCCGAGGAGUCAACCCGGUGAACAGAGUCUGGGGCCACGACAGAUUCGGGGCGAGGACGUAUGCUGCCGUUUUCGAGAGAAACAAGCCGCACGUCAAUAUCGGCACGAUUGGCCACGUCGAUCACGGCAAGACUACCCUGACCGCAGCCAUCACGAAGAGACAGGCAGACAAGGGUCUCGCCAACUUUUUAGAAUACGGUGCCAUUGACAAGGCUCCCGAAGAACGAAAGCGUGGUAUCACAAUCGCGACGGCCCACAUCGAGUACCAGACCGAUGCUCGCCAUUACUCACAUGUCGACUGUCCCGGUCACGCGGAUUAUAUCAAGAACAUGAUUACUGGUGCUGCUUUGAUGGAUGGCGCUGUCAUGGUCGUUGCUGCUGGUGAUGGACAGAUGCCUCAAACUCGAGAACACUUGCUGCUCGCUCGUCAAGUCGGUGUCCAGAAGAUUGUUGUCUUCGUCAACAAGUGCGACACUGUGGAAGACCCCGAAAUGUUGGAACUCGUCGAGAUGGAAAUGCGAGAACUUUUGGCCAAGUACGAUUUCGAGGGUGAGGAGACUCCUAUCAUCUUCGGUUCGGCUCUCUGCGCAUUGGAAGGCACCAAGCCCGAACUCGGUGUUCAGAAGAUUGAUGAGCUGCUGAAUGCUGUCGAUACCUGGAUCCCUACUCCUGUCCGAGACACCGAGAAGCCUUUCAUGAUGUCGGUUGAAGAAGUUUUCUCCAUCUCUGGUCGCGGUACUGUUGCUUCCGGCCGUGUCAUGCGUGGUGUUUUGAAAAGAGAUUCCGAAGUCGAAAUCAUCGGAGGUGGCGAUCAGGUCAUCAAGACCAAGGUUACCGACAUUGAGACCUUCAAGAAGUCCUGCGAAGAGUCAAGAGCAGGUGACAACUCGGGUCUGCUUCUCCGUGGUGUGAAGCGUGAAGACAUCCGACGUGGUAUGGUUGUGGCUGUCCCGGGCACCGUCAAGGCCGUCCAGGAGGUUCUCGUGUCCAUGUACGUCUUGACCGAAGAGGAAGGUGGACGAAAGACCGGCUUCUCCUCGGCAUACCGACCUCAGCUCUACGUUCGCACCGCCGAUGAAGCGGCCGAGCUGGCGUGGCCCGAAGGAACCGAAGAUACCAGCAGGAUGAUUAUGCCAGGUGACAACGUCGAAGUGGUACUCAAGACUAAUCAUCCUUGUGUGAUGGAAAUCGGUGAACGAUUCAACUUGCGUGAAGGUGGACGAACUGUUGCCACGGGACUGGUCACGAGAAUCAUCAAGUAG